AUGUAAAUCUACGUAUAGAUGCCAAAUGGGAAAACUAUACUCAUAGAUGUUUAGUUAGAGAAGACCAAAGUGAAUGAUGUAAAAUAGAAGGUGAUGGAAAAAUCAGGGUUGAGAUUAGAGGACAUUGUAUUAGUUUUCAAAGAGGAGAUUUUGAAAAACGAUUUUUUAUUAAAACAGUAUGGAAUCGACAAAGAGGCAAAACUUGAGGCAGAAACAGCAGAAACACUAACCAAAAAUUAUAAAUAGAAAUUAGAUGCACUUGAAAAUGAAGUACAGAGAUGGCAAUAAAAAUUUGGAGAAGAAGGAGCAUAAAAGGAGGAAUUGUAAGAUAGAUUGAAAGAAUCUUUAAUCUAAUUAGAUUAGUAUAAAUAUUAUUGA